AUGUAUGGAAUAUACUGGGACCGGUAAGCGACACAUGUAUUUAAUUUUAAUUAGCAAAUAAUCUAAACAAUUCUUAGAGUCAAAUUGAAAAAAAUGCAUUUGUAUCUGUACAUAGCCUAAAUGCUUCUUGCCUAUUGUAUUCACUGUGCAGUGGGCAACUCAUUUAAACGAGAAGAUUGAUUGAGCACAGUUUUGGUCUUUGCGUCUUGAAAAAUAUAACACUAUUUGACGAAUCAAAUAAGCUUGUUGACCAAUCAAUCGGCUUGCACAUGCAAAUUCAGCACACACAACAUUCUAUAAUAUAAUUGUGUCAAAUUAAAAGCUUAUUUGAUGCGUCAAAUGAUGUUAUUUGAAGUGUACUUUUUUUUGACACGCAAAGACCCAAACGGCGUUCCAUAGGAGAUAGAUGUAUGCAUUUAUUGGUCGAUGACAUAAUGUAUGGACAAGUUUGUUAACUAAAUUAGACGCAUGGGGUGCAUUAGGGCCGCUAUAUUCUUGAGUUUCGUUUUCAGAGAAGGGCACACUGCCAGUCGCUUCAAAGAAACUCAAUAGAAACCUAACUGUUUUGGAAACACCCGCAGGAGGAGAAACGAAUCUGAUUUCAUGCCAUUGACAAUCAUUCUAUUUUAAAGCUAUAACAUCAAUAAGUGUCAGAUAUACUAGUGAGGUUGUUUCAAACUUUUAAAAUAUUUGAGAUCAUUUUGCAGUAUAUGAAAGUAAAACAUAUUUUAUAAUUUUUCUCUAAUUGUGACUUUUGUUUGACAACAGUUUUUACAUAAUAAUAGGCCAUAAGGCUUUGCAUCAAUAACAUUAUAUAUAUACAGUGAGGGAAAAAAGUAUUUGAUCCCCUGCUGAUUUUGUACGUUUGCCCACUGACAAAUAAAUGAUCAGUCUAUAAUUUUAAUGGUAGGUUAAUUUGAACAGUGAGAGACAGAAUAACAACAAAAAAAUCAAGAAAAACGCAUGUCAAAAAUUUUAUAAAUUGAUUUGGACAGGUGUCUUUUAUACAGGUAACAAGCUGAGAUAAGGAGCACUCCCUUUAAGAGUGUGCUCCUAAUCUCAGCUCGUUACCUGUAUAAAAGACACCUGGGAGCCAGAAAUCUUUCUGAUUGAGAGGGGGUGAAAUACUUAUUUCCCUCAUUAAAAUGCAAAUCAAUUUAUAACAUUUUUGACCUGCGUUUUUCUGGAUUUCUUUGUUGUUAUUCUGUCUCUCACUGUUAAAAUAAACCUACCAUUAAAAGUAUAGACUGAUCAUGUCUUUGUCAGUGGGCAAAUGUACAAAAUCAGCAGGGGAUCAAAUACUUUUCCCCCUUCACUGUGUAUAUAUAUAUAACUAAACUAAGUUUUUCACAAUUCCUGACAUUUAAUCCUAGUAAAAAGUCCCUGUUUUAGGUCAGUUAGGAUCACCACUUUAUUUUAAGAAUGUGAAAUGUCAGAAUAAUAUCAGAGAUAAUGAUUUAUUUCAUAUUUUAUUUCUUUCAUCACAUUCCCAGUGGGUCAGAAGUUUACAUACACUCAUUUAGUAUUUAGUAGCAUUGCCUUUAAAUUGUUUAACUUGGGUCAAACGUUUCGGGUAGCCUUCCACAAGCUUCCCACAAUAAGUUGGGUGAAUUUUGGCCCAUUUCUCCUGACAGAGCUGGUGUAACUGAGUCAGGUUUGUAGGCCUCCUGCUCGCACACGCUUUUUCAGUUCUGCCCACACAUUUUCUAUAGGAUUGAGGUCAGGGAUUUGUGAUGGCCACUCCAAUUCCUUUACUUUGUUGUCCUUAAGCUAUUUUGCCAUAACUUUGGAAGUAUGCUUGGGGUCAUUGUCCAUUUGGAAAACCCAUUUGCGACCAAGCUUUAACUUCCUGAAUGAUGUCUUGAGAUGUUGCUUCAAUAUAUCCACAUAAUCUUUCUUCCUCAUGAUGCCAUCUAUUUUGUGAAGUGCACCAGUCCCUCCUGCAGCAAAGCACCCCCACAGCAUGAUGCUGCCACCCCCGUGCUUCACGGUUGGGAUGGUGUUCUUCGGCUUGCAAGCAGCCCCCUUUUUCCCUCCAAACAUAACGAUGGUCAUUAUGGCCAAACAGGUCUAUUUUUGUUUCAUCAAACCAGAGGAUAUUUCUCUAAAAAGUACAAUUUUUGUCCCCAUGUGCAGUUGCAAACCGUAGUCUGGCUUUUUUAUGGCGGUUUUGGAGCAGUGGCUUCUUCCUUGCUGAGCGGCCUUUCAGGUUAUGUCGAUAUAGGACUCAUUUUACUGUGGAUAUAGAUACUUUUGUACCUGUUUCCUCCAGCAUCUUCACAAGGUCCUUUGCUGUUGUUCUAGGAUUGAUUUGCACUUUUCGCACCAAAGUACGCUCAUCUCUAGGAGACAGAACAUGUCUCCUUUCUGAGUGGUAUGACGACUGCGUGGUCCCAUGGUGUUUAUACUUGCGUACUAUUGUUUGUACAGAUGAACGUGGUACCUUCAGGCGUUUGGAAAUUGCUCCCAAGGAUGAACCAGACUUGUGGAGUAAUUACAUAUUUUUUUUACUCCAACCUAAGUGUAUGUAUACUUCCGACUUCAUCUGUAUACAGUGCUAUGAAAAAGUAUUUGCCCCCUUUCUAAUUUUCUCUACUUUUGCAUAUUUGUGAUACUGAAUGUUAUCAGAUCUUCAACCAAAACCUAAUAUUAGAUAAAGGGAACAUAAGUGAACAAAUAACACAACAAUUACAUAUUUAUUUCAUAAACAAAAGUUAUGCAACACCCAAUUCCCCUGUGUGAAAAAGUAAUUGCCCCCUUACACUCAAUAACUGGUUGUGCCACCUUUAGCUGCAAUGACUCCAACCAAAUGCUUCCUGUAGUUGUUGAUCAGUCUCUCAUGUCGCUGUGGAGGAAUUUUGGCCCACUCUUCCAUGCAGAACUGCUUUAACUCAGUGACGUGUGGGUUUUCAAGCAUAAACUGCUCAUUUCAAGUCCUGCCACAACAUCUCAAUUGGGAUUAGGUCUGAACUUUGACUAGGCCAUUCCAAAACUUCAAAUGUGUUGCUUUUUAGCAAUUUUCAUGAAGACUUGAUUGUGUGUUUUGGAUCAUUGUCUUGCUGCAUGACCCAGCUGUGCUUCAGCUUCAGCUCACAGACGGAUGGUCUGACAUUCUCCUGUAGAAUUCUCUGAUCGAGAGCAGAAUUCAUGGUUCCUUCUAUUAAGGCAAGUCGUCCAGGUCCUGAGGCAGCAAAGCAUCCCCAAACCAUCACACCACCACCACCACCAUGCUUGACCUUUGGUAUGAUGUUCUUACUGUGGAAUGCAGUGUUUGGUUUUGGCCAGGCAUUACUGGAACCAUGUCGUCCAAAAAGUUGACUCAAGUUUGCCAAAAAGCACCUGGAUGAUCAUCAAGACUCUUGGAAGAACGUUCUAUGGACAGAUGAUUCAAAAGUAUAACUUUUGGGGGGCAAAUACUUUUUCAUAGCACUGUUUAUAUGCUUUCAUUUAAUCCUCUUAUGCUGAUUCUUCUUCCUUUCCUUUUUUUUAGACAUUUCAUACAUCUUCAUUGUCUGUGGAUUGUCGGCUGUGUUGGUGAGUAUAAAUUAACUCUAUCCACAUAUUAUUAUGGGUCGUUCGAGCCCUGAACACUGAUUGGCUGACAGCCACGGUAUAUCAGACCGUAUACCACGAGUAUGACAAAACAUUCAUUCUUACGGCUCUAAUUACGUUGGUAAUCAGUUUAUAAUAGCAAUAAGGCACCUCUGGGUUUUGUGGUAUAUUGCCAAUAUACCAUGGUGAAGGGCUGUAUCCAGGCACUCCGUGUUGCGUCAUGCGUAAGAACAGCCCUUAGCUGUAGUAUAUUGGCCAUAUACCACACCCCCUUGGGCCUUAUUGCUUAACUAGAACAUGAACAUUAGCAAAAAAAAUAAAAAAUCCAUGAUUUUCCAAUCAUUGGUUCCAACUCUCCUACAGCCUCCUCAUCCCUUCCUUCCAUCCCUGUCUCCAUCUCUUCCCCUGUGGGAAGCCAAGCCAUCCUUCCCUGCAAGUGGAAGUCCCAGCUAGAAAACAUCCCAGUUUGCCAUGUCCAGUGGCAGACACCCGAUGAGACUGUGUUUGAACAGAAGGGGGAGCAACGGUGGCAGGCAAGCGAGUUUGAGGGGCGGGUGGAGGUACCUGAGGAAAAGCUGUGGGAGGGCGACUGCUCUCUGAUCUUGCGUGACGUGCAGUUUGGGGAUGUGGGGCUUUACGAGAGCUUCAUGGUGGUUGACAGGGCACGUAUGAAGAGGCGGGUGUUCAUCCAGAGUGUCCAGCUCUCAGUCCAUGGUAAGGGUAGAACUAUCUUUACUACAAGGUGGGGCUAUAAGGCCAGGUGAAAGUGAUCAGAAGGUCACUUUAUGGCACUGCACCUCAUUUAGACCACCUGAAAAGUGCAGAAGUCACAUUUUCAGAUUGGUCAAGCAUUACACUUUCCUCACGAUCUCUUACCUAAUUUCUUCUGUAAUUCUCUCCAGACCACAAGUCCAAGCAGUCCUUGAGGGUGGGUGGAAACCUGACCCUGAAGCUCCACACUCCCCAGGCCAUGAGAGUGGUCUUCCAGGGGAGGAACAGCACAGAGUUGACGGUCCUGUGGAUAAGGGGUGAAGAGGACAACAGGGGUUGUCUUGAGGAGGCUGAACGGUUGGUGGUCCUCAAAGGGUUAAGGAUGGACGACUGUGGGACCUAUAAGGUGUUGGAUUCCCAUGGGCUGUCUGUUAGCACUGUUGAACUUACAGUGGAAGGUAAAAUACCUGAGCCAUGGUGGCAACAAAUCGUCCUCUCUGGGUAUAGAACAUGGUUAAUAAUAUAACUAAUCUUUCGGAUUUCUAACUACUCUAUUUUUCCCCUUUAGCAUGUCCCACAAAGGUUGUUAAAACUCCACAUUUCCCUCAGAUCGAGGAUAAACAAGCACCUGUAGGUAAGAUGUCCAGAGGUUAAAAUGCAGUUAAUUCCAGAUAUUUAUUGUGUAAGGAAAGUAUACCGAAUUGAUGAUACUGCAGAGUGAUGGACAAUAGAAGUCUGAACAAGUUGUUUCCAUCUCCUAUCUCUCCAGGUAAAUCGACAUAUAACAGGUCCUCCUCUCUGCUCAUGUUAUUUGUCCUGCUGUUCAGUCCCCUGAUUCAACAUCUCCUCUAA